UCUCGUAUACGAACGGAUACUUUCGUGUGUACAUGUGAGUUGGUGUGUAUGUGUGCGUGCGUGUGUGCAUGCACAUGUGUACGUGCGAGCGUGGUGCGUACGUCCCGCAGCGAGGGGAUGUGUCGGGCCCCGUGGCGGGAGGGACACACGUGCGCCCCGCCGCCGCCGCUGCGGGCCGCUCACUCUCCCCGCGCCGGGCGUCGGUAGCGGGUCACUGGUGCGCCGCUCCUCAAGCCCGUCCGUGGGAGCCGUGUCGCCGCCGCUGCCCUCGCUCGCUCGCUCGCCACCUGUGGUUACGCCUCACCUGUCGUGCGCCGCCCUCGCUCCGACUCUCUUCUCCCGGAAGUCCCGCCGCUCUGAUACAAUUGCUGGAGAGUCUGCCGACGCACACCAUCAAAGGUGUGAGAGAAGACGCGUGUUGGAGGAGCAGGUGGAAGCCGGGGGUGUGGGGCACCAUGCCAGCCCGCGCGACUCGCUACUUCCUGCCAACAUGAUCUGGUAUGCACGGCUGCUGUGUCAUCACCCCUAUGCGGUGUUGAGCAGUGUGGUGGUGGUGGUGGUGACGUGCCUUGUGCUGUCUCUCACAGCCCGGCCUCUGCCCUCCUUUGAGGACCCUUCUCUGGGGUUUGAGGCAAGAGGCACAGAGAUCAGCCAGAGGGCCACGGCCUGGGAGAACCUGUUGGACUCGACACGAGCCAAUGGCCUGCUCAGCGUCAACCCGGCAGAUGACCCCACUCUCAGCAAACUGCUCCCCCACAUCACAGACGAGGAUGACAAGCAGGAAAAGACCAGCGGAGGGAAGAAGAGCCACAAACAUCAGAUCUGCAUUGAGCUGACGACAGAUGGGCCCGUGGAGGUAUCGGACAACUGCAGCACGAGCUCAGGCCAGAACAACACUAGCAUGGGCGAAGAGACUCCUAUGGUGGCCCUGAAGAUCCUCAUGGACAGAGAAGAGAAUCCUUCCGAGUACAACCUGGAGGAUGAGUGGGACCACCAGAAUCACUAUCCAGAGAAUGAGCAUGAUCACUAUCUUCAUGAUCAUGAACAUUAUGGGGAGGAUGGGUUCUUCUGUAACCCUGUAGUACCAGAGUACGGCCAUGUCGUGGUAAAGAGCACACUGCCGAUGGACUCUUUACUCACGCUGAGGCACCUGCAUGCCAUAUGUGAGCUGGAUGAUCGGUUGCGUUCCCCAGUGGAUUUUGGGCCCAUCUGUGAGACUUCAUCCAUUGGCCGCUGUUGUCCUUCUUGGUCUCUCCCCAACUAUGUGGCUCUCCUCUCCAAGCGCUCAUCUUGCAGGGAAAUCACACAAGCAGAUGUGGUUGAAGUGCGACGGCUCCUUCGCAGAUGUGCUCGGCACUUAGACUUACAGCUCGAGGGAGGUUGCAGGGGACCUUCAGGGUGUCAAGAAAUUCCUGAGAUCUGUCGGAAAGAUGAUGCUGUCUACACUAUACUUCAUUAUCUUGCUGAUGCAGCCUUUUUAAAUCCAAAGGUACCAGACCCUGAACACCCUCAGCUUAAUCGCCACAUUGAGCCACACCACAAACACCAGAAGCUGCAGCUCCAACAGCGGCUGAGUUUGACUGCCGUGUUUUUACCUGUGGCACGUAGCUCCGAUGCACUUCCUUAUUUUCAAGCCCUGCAGAAAAUUGACCUCACUGUAGAUAAUGUGACCGUAGCUGCCAUGGAUUUGGGUCUGAAGUAUACUCUGUUUGACAAGCUAUUGUUGGAGGACACCUUUCUGCUGGGUGUGGGAGGCAGUGUGGUGGUGGCUCUGAUGUGGUGUUAUACAGGCUCCCUCUUUAUAACCCUCGUGACCAUUACGACAGUUGCCUGUGCUCUCAUCAUUGCUUAUUUCAUGUAUAUCUUUAUAUACGAAAUCACCUUCUUCCCAUACAUGAAUGUGCUCACAGCAGUCAUUGCUAUAGGAAUCGGAGCAGAUGACACCUUUGUUUACUGCCGGGUGUGGACUCUGGCCAAGCAAGACAAGAACGCAGGCACUCUGGUAAAACUGGUCGGGGAUUCUCUACAUCAUGCCGCAGCUUCCAUUAUUGUGACAUCGUUCACAACAGCUGCAGCUUUCUUUGCAUCUUGCGUUUCACAUAUCACAGCUAUUCGUUGCUUUAGUAUAUUUGCUGGAACAGUGGUCCUGGCCAACCUCCUCCUGAUGCUGACCUGGGUUCCAGCAUGUGUUGUGGUGGCUGAGCGUUGGGGGGCCUCAACAUGCUGUCUGUGUGUCCCUCCAGCACCAGUCUAUGCUCCACAAUUACCUCCACGUUGCUCAGUUGUCUGUGCCCUUCCACUCAGACUGUGUUAUUUCUGUGCAGAGUCAGCUCGAGUGUUUUUUGAAAAGAUGCUUCCAUGGGUUGUAGUGAAACCAAGAUACUUGUGGGUCUUGUUACUUGGUACCCUGUCAGCGUGCAGUGCCGUGGUUGUGUUUUAUUUUCCUGGUCUGAAACUUCCAGAUUCUCAAGAUUUUCAGUUGUUUUCAAGAGACCACGUGUUUGAACAGUAUGAUUUGGUGUACAAAUAUAAGUUUUGGUUCGAGAGAAAUCUAAGAAGUGAUAUUGUCAAUCGGUUACCUAUACGCAUUGUGUGGGGGAUUAAACCAGUAGACAAUGGUGAUUACUUAAAUCCAGCUUCAAAAGGAACUCUGGAAUUUGAUGAUACGUUUGACGUAUCACCACCGGAAUCUCAGGAAUGGCUUCUCAACUUCUGCAGAAAUCUUCGUAAUCAGAGUUUCUACAUGUCCACCCUGGGCCCACUGCUGCCAAAUUGCUUCAUUGAGACAUUAAAAGCAUGGAUGGAGAGGCGAUGCAUAGAUCCUAUAACUGGCAUUGAUCGGUCUCCGUGCUGUGAGGAUUCAAAGUUUCCUUAUCACAAAGAGGUGUUUAAUCAGUGUAUUCACAAAGGUAUCAAAGCUCUGUACCAAACACCAAGAGAGUACUUCAUCCCUGGAGUGGCUGGACCAAAGUUUAACAGAAACACUGCGAAAGUCGCAGCUGUUGUUGUGGAGUAUGAUAGCAACAUGAUCUGGUCACUCUCCUUUGAUGAAAUGCAGUAUUUCUUCCUUGAGGUUGACACAUGGGUGAAAGAUCAGCUGAAAGAAGCUCCAGAAGGCAUGAAAGGAGGAUGGUUUACUUCAUAUCUUGAGUUCUAUGAUUUGCAACAGUCUCUCUCUGUGGGGACUGGAAUAGCUGUUGCUGUGGCAGUUGGGGUCAGCUUGGCUGUGUUGGUAAUAACAACUCUCAAUGUAGUUGUGAGUUUUCUGGCAGUCUUAAGUGUUGGUUCUGUCAUUUUGGUGACGCUGGCAACGUUGGUGUUGCUUGGAUGGCAUCUCAAUAUCUUGGAAAGUGUGACAGUGACUGUGGCCAUUGGGUUGGCGGUUGACUUGACUUUGCAUUAUGGUGUGGCUUAUCGUUUGUCUCCAGAAUCAGAACGUGAGGCUGCUGUUUCUUGGGCAGUGGCUCGCCUUGGUAGUCCAGUUUUCAUGGCUGCUGCAACGUCAUUAGCAGCUGGGAUAGCCAUGCUUCCUGCACAAGUUUUGGCAUAUGUUCAUAUUGGCACUUUUCUCAUUGUCAUCACAAGUGCUUCAUACAUCUAUGCCACUUUGUUUUAUUUACCUUUGUUACGCAUUUUUGGUCCAGAAUCAGGUUGCGGGCAACUAUCAUAUCCACAGGUUCAUUGCUGCUCAUGUUGCACACAGAAUUCUCAGCCUCAUGUUGAUAAGACAGUUUAUCAGCAAGCCUUCAUGAGUGAAUCAACAUUAUCCACAUCAAGUACAUCGUGUCCAGCUCCACAGACACAUCCAUCAUCUGACACACAUGAAUUGGAGCCUUUGACUGCAAUGAGACUUGCUGGAAGAACGGGGUCUCACACGCGCUCUGCUCAUAAUUCUAGCAGACACAAGGUCAGUCAAGCUCAGCCACCACCUGUAUCGGACACUCCGCAGGUUCCCGAUGCAACUCACCCUGAAGCAAGCAAUGCCUCAGCAACAGGACGUGCUGCAAGGUCAGGAUCGCUGUCAUCUACGGCAUGCAUAAGAGACCAUGCAGCAUUUGUUCCUCGCAAAGUGUCCCUGCCUUCACCCGGGGAGGCUGUUAGCGAAGGUGGAGAGCCCUCCCCGAGACAUGGCGUAGCACCAGCAUCCUCAGCAACGACCAUUCUUUACUCAGAGCCAGAUAUGGACUCUGGUCAGCAGCACCAGCCACCACCAGAAGGAAUCGUAACUUCAGCACCACUCACCCCUGACAAUGGAACACUGGUCGCCUAGGACAGAGGGAAAUAAAUGUUAGAUGUGCGCGGCUGUGAAUAAUAUUGUGUGGUAUUCUCUGGUACUUUGGUGCUGAUGGUGCUAGCUUGGAGUUACCACAAAGUAUUUGUACAUGUGAUAUAUAUUUGCUCAUUUGAUUUGUGUUUGGAGAUGGAAUUGUACUUGCAAUGGAACCAUUUUGGGUGUCUCUUCACUAUGUUGGUGUGUGAUUGAUAGUAUUUUUAUUUCAACUCUUAAUUUUGUCAUUAAUGUUAUUGGUGUUAUUAUAAUUAUCAUUGACAUUGUUAUCACUUUAAUCCAAAACACUAUUAACAUUUGUCUUUUUUUUAUGUUAGUGUCCUUGUUAGUGUUCCACUUUUUGUGUGUGUUUUUGUCCUUUGUUUUCAUAUGAUAUCAGGGCUGUGGAGUCGGAGUCAGAGUAGGAGUCGACUGCACAAGAAAUCAAGGAGUUGGAGUCAGAGUCUGGGGUUUUGAUUACCGACUCCACGGCCCUGUAUGCUUUUAUUUUUUUAUUUUUUUAUUUUUUUAUUAUUAUUAUUAAUCAUCAUUAGUAGCAUUAUUGAUAUCCAUCAUCAUCAUCACCAUCAUCAUCAUCAUCAUCAUCAUCAUCAUCAUCAUCAUCAUCAUCAUCACCAUCACCAUCACCAUCACCACCACCACCAUCACCACCAUCACCAUCACCACCACCACUAUCAUCAUCACCAUCAAUAUCAUUAUUGUCACAAUAGUUACCACUACAAUGACUAUAACCCAUGACUGUAGCCAUUACCAUAGCUGCUACGAAAAGCAUCAUCACCAUUGAUUUAUAUCAAUGUUUUUAUUGUUGCCACAAAUGUAGUUACAGUAUUAUUUUUUUUGUUAUGACGAUAUUAUUUUCAGGAUUAUUUUUGCCAAAUUGUAUAGAUGGUUAUAUUAUUAUAGUUACCAUUACUGCCUUUUUUUAAUCAUCUUUUGAUAAAUUUUAUGUAAAUAGACUUGACUUGUGGUUUAUGAGAAGAGAAAAAAAGAGCCUUUUGUAAAUGUCAUAAGAACGCGUCAGAGAGGGAGAAUGAGUGUUUGUGCAAGUGCAAGGUUGAGUGCAAGUGCGAGGUUGAGUGCAAGUGCAAGAGUGCCUGUGGCUUGUAAAGGAGAAAGUGGGUUUGUGGAUUUUAGGCUGGGUGGGUUGGUUUGUGGAUGGAUAGGUGGGUCAUUGACUGGGCGAGUCAUGAAGGUGUGGAUGAAUGGGUAAGUUAUUGAGUGAAUGAUUGAGUAAAUGAGUGAGUUAGUAGGUUAGCGAGUGAAUGAAGGAAAGGGAAAGAGAGAGAGAGAGAGAGAGAGAGUAAGAGUAAGAGUAAGAAAAAAGAAAGAAAGUAAGAGAACAAGUGAGUAUUUAAAUGAAUAUGUUUGAUAUGUAUGUUUGUGCAAUACAUUGAUUCUGGUGCGGAUGACAGACUUUCCCAUUUAGAACAGAGUAAAAUUAUAUCUGAUGGGAACAAUUUUUAGUAUUCAGAUAGCCAGGGAACCUCAGGUCCAAACCAUCUGUUUGUCAAACCUAGACCCAACACUAAGACCCAAGAGAUCCACAAGCACAGAAGCACCCCCUUCCACAUACACACUCACAUCCACAAAUACUUCCACACAUACUUAAAUACCUACUCUCCUCCUCUUUUACAUGCAUACACACACGCACACGCAUAUGCCCACAUGCACGCACACGCACACACACGCACACACACGCACACACACGCACACACACGCACACACACGCACACACA